GACAGUCAGUUUUUAAAGAAUUCCGAGCCAAUCAAGUGUUUCGAAAUGAAGCUCCUCGCAAUUUUCUCAAUAUUGUUUUGUUUUGUUUGUUGUUUUGCAAAACUAAACCAGCAGCAAAUGGAAACCAUCAACGGAUUCGCCAAAGAUUGCUUCAAAGAGCUGAACAUUCCAAGCGAUUCGAAUUUACUCGCGAGAGCUUUGAAAACUAAAUUAACGACUUUCAGCGAUCAGGACAUCGACUUUCUCGCCUGCAUGGGAAGAACGGUUGGAGCGCUGGACGCGGAGGGAGUCUAUCAUUCGCAGCCGAUCGAGGGCUUCUUUCUGCAGAGCGGAAGCACCUUCAACAAGCAGGAAAUGAUCGACGUGGUCGAGAUUUGCAUCGGUCAGCAAGUUAGGGGAACACCCUAUAAGGAUAACGUGGCAAAGUUUAACAAGUGUUUCUAUGAGAACAAGAAAUUUGAUUUGAUGUAGAUUAGGUGAGAACAAUGAAUAAAAACCGAGAUAAAAACAGUGUUUUUAAAAGCAAGGGGUUGGAAACUCUUAGAGCUAUAAUUAUUAUGUUAACCAGUAUAUCAAAAUAUAUGUUAGUAUACUUAUUAUUUCCUUUACAUAUCGCCAGUAUACUUACCAAUAUACUGAGAGUAUCUUAAUAUACUAACAGUUUUUGUUUUUCGGUUAGUA